CGCGGUUCGGGAGAGGGAGCGAGAAGGAGAAUGAACGGAGCGAGUGUGAGCAGAGCAGCUCGCGGUGAUCACCAGUGUAUAUCGUGCUCGCACACUGGGACGCAGUCUCCUCGGCCAGCGCUGCAGUAAUCCUGUCGGAAGAGUCUGUUAAAAUGAGCGGCCUUGCGCGCCUCACCUGCUGCAGCUACAACGUCGUCUCCUAGAGGAAGCAGUCGCGAUUCUUCUGUGCUUCUACUGAUAAAAAGUGUGUGUGCGCGUGCAGUGUGCCGUGUCUCAGCUUGCUGACCGUCUGUGUGUCGCGGGCAGCAGCAGCAGCAGCGUCUCCUCUGCAGAGCCUACAGGGGCGCGACUCUGUGUGAAUUGUUGAUAACUAGUGCAUCGGACAGUGCGUUCGUUUCAGUGUGUCAUCCUCCGCGUCGACGAGAGAGAGGGAGAGAGAGAGAGAGAGAGAGAGAGAGAGAGAGAGAGAGAGAGAGAGAGAGAGAGAGAGAGAGAGAGAGCUACGGCGACGACGAGCUGCUCCCACAGCACUGCGCUCACGUAUCGUCUCGUCGAAUAAUCUGGCGUCGCUGCUCGAUGUUCCACCUGUGCGCAACGCGGCCAUCCUUACCUUCGGCUCAUUGCCGACAGUCCAACUGGUGAAGAUCAGGAAAUCCGAGAGAAUUGACUAAGGCAUCAGGCAUCAUGUCUCACCACAGCGACGACAACAUGCUGGUGGCCACCUCGGACUCGUUCUGGGAGCCGGGCAACUACAAGCGCACGACCAAGCGCAUCGAGGACGGCCACAAGCUCUGCGACAGUUUGAUCCAGCUGGUCCAGGAACGCGCUGAGAUCGAGAAGAACUACGCGAAGGCCCUGAAGGGCUGGUCCAAGAACUGGAACGAGAAGAUCGAAAAGGGCCCGGAGUACGGGACGACCGAGGCUGCCUGGAAGGGUGUCCUCGGCGAGGCCGACAGACUCUGCGAUCUGCAUCUCAGGGUCAAGGAGAAUCUCUGCAACGAUAUAAUCCAGCAGGUCAAGACGUGGCAGAAGGACUCUUAUCACAAGUCAAUGAUGACGCUGAAGGAGAGGAAGGAGAUGGAGGACGCGUUCAAGAAGGCCCAGAAGCCCUGGUCGAAGAUACUGCAGAAGGUCGAGAAGGCAAAGUCCGAGUACCACAACAGCUGCAAGACGGAACGCACCGCAGCCAAUCAGGAGAGAAACGCCUCGGCCGACAGUUCGCUAUCUCCGGAUCAGAUGACAAAUUGUGGAUGCGAUGCAUGGGCCCUGCGAUUUCGAAAAACCUUUAGGAAAACUAAAAUAGGCGACGUUGAGCUUAAAGCUCUUACGGUAAAGAAGAUGCAGGACCGAGUACAAAAGACGAAGGAGGAGGUCCAGAAGGCUAAGGAGAAGUACGAGAGUGCUCUCCAAGAAAUCAACCAGUACAAUCCAAAGUACAUGGAGGACAUGACUCAGGUGUUCGAGAAGUGCCAAGAGAUGGAGGCCCAGCGACUGCAAUUCUUUAAAGACGUGCUCUUCGGUAUUCACAAAUGCCUAAACAUCUCUCAAGAUCCAGUACUUCCACAAAUCUACGAAGAAUUUUACCACACUGUCAACAACGCGGAUCACGAAAAAGAUCUCAAGUGGUGGUCGAACAAUCACGGAGUCAACAUGGCCAUGGCUUGGCCGCAAUUCGAGGACUACACCGAGGAAUUCCGCGACAUCACCAAGGGCUCCAAGUCGAAGGAGGCGCUGCCCACCGGAGCCAUCACGCUAAUCAAUCAACGCCCCGUCGGCGAGGACCUGCAUGACUUCCCACCGGUCAAUCACAAAGUGAAGGCGAAACCUGCCAGCCGAGUAAUAUCGACGGAUGCCAACCACAGCGACAGCAAAACAGACACCAUCAGCUCGAAGCCUCCAGCCGAGAAAAAUAAUCACGAUGGAAAUUCUGUCAAUAGGAACUCCUCGAUCACGAACGGUACUAAUAACGCUAAACAGGAGUCAAAUCCCUUCGAAGAGGAAGAAUGGGACGAGGACGCAGGAGAACCACUAGUUGACAAUGGCGAGCCCGGAGUACCCGUGAGGGCGCUCUACGAUUACGAAGGAGCAGAAGCUGAUGAGCUGAGUUUCAAACAAGGUGACAUUUUCGAGAAACUCGAAGACGAGGACGAGCAGGGUUGGUGUAAGGGCAGGAAAGAUGGCAGGGUGGGUCUGUAUCCGGCCAACUACGUGGACCUCGUAUCUCCUUAAGAAAUCUCCGGGAUAUCGACGGUGGUCGGCGAAAAAUAAUAGAGACGAAUUGAGAGAAUCGAAAAUAAGAACGCUACCUUAACAAAAACAAAUACAUUCAAGCCAAAUCAACAGCGAGGGAGAAGAGACGAACGCCACGGCAGCCGACGAUUGCUAUCCUACGCGAGAGGCGGUAGCAAACGAAAAGACCCUCGUAAUACACAUUUACUCACGUAAACACAUUAUGCAGUUUUAACGAAAAGAAAUGAAAAGGUUUGUAAUCGAGAAAUACAUCCACCCCCUAAAGUUUCUCCCUUUAUUCUGGUGUAGCGUGUUGUUGCGUCGAGACUAUACUUAACGACAGAUUUUGCGUCGCGAGAUCGAAUCGAUAAAGCAGAAGAAUAUAAUAAUAAUAAAAAUGAAGAAGACAUAAGCGCAACUUUUUUCCUUAGGUAGGCUAGAUCAUAGUGAGAGAUCUGUCGCUAGUGUUUACGUAAAUAGUUGAAUACUAAACGAGAAUGAGAUAAACGAACGAGCGAGAAUGUUCGGACGCGAGGAUUGUACAGUCGAAAGAUUUAACGGGGAAGACGAAAGAGGGCGAAACAGCGUUUAUAAUAUAUAAAGUUAAUAUUUUACUUCUUUUUUCUUUUUUUUCGCGAUUCGUUAUUUACUAUUAAUAUUAUUUUUAUUAUGAAUCGUCCGUUUGGCGAUGAGAAUAUUUCACGAGAAGCUUCCUUUUCCCGCCCCCGAAUGAAAGAGAUAUUUGCGAAUAUAGAUAUGUAUCUUUAUUGAGAAAGCGUGAGCGAUAUCUGCGUAUUUAAUUUAUUGUUGCAAUUUAAUGUGCGAUGCCAAGGGCGACGCUCCGUCGAAAUUAUAAAAAGUAUAUAAAAAUAUUCUGAAUGGUGUCAUUGUACAUAAUAGUAUUAAAUGCAUAGCAAUAUAUAUAUAUAUAUAUAUAUAUAUAUAUAUAUAUAUAUACAUAAAAAAACAUACAUAAAGGCUAAAAACUAUUACCGUCGUUUGACGAAGUAUAUUGAAAAAAAAGAAAAUAAACGAAAUAAAAUUAACGAGAAUGGACUACACGCGAAGAUACAAGCGGAAGAGGUAAAAGCGAAGUAUACGCGUUUACAUAUUUUACCAAAAUAAUAUUCAAGCAAACCGUAUAAGACUCAAUGCAUAAACUGGGACCUAAGAAUGAUUAUAGAAAAAUGAACAAAGAAAAAGAAGUAUGUGCAAAAUCGAUUAAUUCAUCUCAUCGACUAACGUCAGGGAGUAUUUCUGUAAUAUUGAACCAAUUAUUGAAUAGCAUAUCGCAUUAUGUAUUGGAAGUUUUUCUUCUCAAAUUUUAUACGAUGUUGAACACACAUGCAUUCUACACACGAGAAAAAAAAAGAUGCGCUAGUUGAAAGUAUGCUUUCCAAAUGUAAAUAGUUUCUUUUCUAUGUCGCUUCUAUCCUGGCGACAGCGCAGUUAAAUUGCCAAAGUAAGAUCAGAGAAAAAAUCAACUUCAAAUAUAAUGGUUACAAAAUGGUAAACUAACGUUGAUCGACGGAAGCUGCGCUAACACUCGACAUUGUUUUUGUCUGUUUGAUCUAGAAAACUAAACUUUAAUCGUAUCAACUAUUUUUGUUCCUUUUGUUGUUAUCUUCGCAUUUUUUUCAAACAGAAUUAGCUACUUUCUUUUCGUUUCUUUCAAUUGUUUGUAAUUCUAACUUGAGGGAUCUGUCUUUUCGUCAAGCCCUCAAGAAUCUGCAUUUAAUUGACGAGUCUUUGAAUAAUCGAGUCACGUAUGAACCAGAUAAUAAUCGUAAUUAUAUAAUUAACGAUACAGAAAACUCAAACGUUAAUUCAAAAGAACCUCGAUUCGGAGCGACAAUGUUCGAUAUACUGUUUACAAAAAAAAAAAUACAUCGGAUUUGAUAAGCAAUGAACGUUAUUGUUUCUCCUGUUUAUAAUUCGAUGAAAAAAAGAUGAUUGGGCUAAUCAAGGUUUGCAAAAGGAGGAGAAUUAUGUGAAAAAAUUGUUGCGCGACGACUACUGUACACAAGAUUUUAUGUAAAUAAAACGUAGAACGAAUAGGAAAUUUCGAUUCUCGUAUAAAUGCGCCAGCUUUGGACUGAUUUUUUCUAAUUCUCAUUCUCCGAGCAGACCAUUAUUCUUCAAGGAUUUCGUUGAUGAGAGAUUUGAAAAAUUGUUAAGUAGUAUAUCUAGUUUCUGUGUAAAUUUAUUAUUAGUUGAUAUGCAUAUAUAAUAAAUCACCCUUUAAAAAAUCAAA